AUGACCUGGCAAGAAUUGGCCCAAAGGGCUACAAGCAUUUAUGAUAACUCACUUAAGAAGACCUUGGAAAUGUUUCCUUUUGAUAAGGAAACCCAGAAGGCCUUCGAUACGCUUCCUUCUGCUCGAGGCAAGACCGUAGAGGACUACGGAGCGCCAGCAAAAGUGCCUUUGGAGGUAUUUAAAGAGACAAUGCCCAAGAAGUGUCUUGAAAUCACUCUGAAGGAUCCGUAUGUUUUGCUUCAGGACCUUAAACUGGGCAAACUCACUUGUGUGGAAGUGUUGACUGCUUACUUCCAUGCAGCCAUGAUAGCUUCGAAGCUUGUCAAUUGCAUUUACGAAUUCAUGCCUGAAGAGGCUUUGGCAUUGGCGAAGAAGUUUGAUCUGGGACCAAAAGACUUGCCUUUGUUAGGGCUCCCUCUUUCUUUGAAAGAGAUGAUUCCAGUGAAGGGCAGAGCUGUCACUCACGGCUCGCUUUGUUACUUGGACCGUGUGGUGGACUACGAUGCUGAUAUUGUGAAUAUCUUGGUGGCCGCUGGAGCUAUUCCUUUCGUUCGUACGACCAACCCCCAGUCUUUAAUGAUGCUUGAGUGUGAGUCUUGGACUCAUGGAAGAACUGUCAACCCAUACAAUUCUCUGUUGACUUGUGGAGGCAGUUCUGGAGGUGAAGGUGCUAUUCACGGUAUUGGAGCUGCUGCAUUUGGACUAGGUUCAGAUAUUGGAGGCAGUAUUCGGUGCCCUAGUGCUUUCAAUGGCGUCUAUGGACUCAGAAGCACUGUGGGUAGACUUCCUGCUGGAGACUACUUCUCGUGCCAGCUUGGAUCUGAAUCUAUUCUUUCUGUCACUGGCCCUAUGACUCGUUCUUUGGAGCUUUUGGAGCUUGUCAUGAAGACUAUUGCAGACCUGAAGCCCUGGCUCGUGGACCCCUCGUUGGCUCCACUCCCAUGGAAAUCCCAAAAGAAGGAGAAGUUCACAAUUGGUGUUUUGUACGAUGACGGUGUUGUGGCUCCACAGCCUCCAAUUGCCAGAGCAUUGAAGAUGGUAGCUGAUCAGCUCUCCAAGCUUAGCAACGUUGAAGUCAUCCCAUUCAAGCCUUACAAGCAUGACAAGGCAUGGGAAAUCAUCACUUCGCUCUACUUUGAAGAUGGCGGUAAAGACACCAGAUCCACCAUGGAGAGAUCUGGAGAACCUGCUCUUCCUCAAACUGAGUGGAUCCUUUCUGGUGAACAUGUUGCUUCCUUGGAGCCCAAGGAUAUCUGGAAAUGGAACAUUGAAAAGGUCAAGUACCGUAAAGAUUACCUUGCUCACUGGUUGAGCCAAGGUGCCCCAGAUGCCGUGAUAGCUCCAGUGUUCCCAGGUCCAGCCUGUAAGCCCAGAACGUCCAGGUACUGGGGCUAUACUGCCCAGUGGAACCUUCUUGACUACCCUGGCAUUGUCUUCCCUGUAACAACUGUCGAUCCAAAGCUUGACACUCCCGUCAAGGAUUACAAGCCAAGAAACGAAAUGGACGAGUUUGUUUGGAAGCAGUAUGACUCUCCAGAGAGCUUUGCCAAUGCUCCAGUUGCACUUUGCGCUGUGGGACUUCGUAACACCGACGAUACGCUCGUGGAGGUGGCAAAACUCCUCGAGAAAAAGUAA